GCCGACCGCUUCAAAACAGAGUUGUGUCGCUCCUGGGGUGAGCUCGGUCGAUGCAAGUACACCAAUCGGUGCAAGUUUGCUCACGGUGUCGCAGAACUUCGCUCCAUCGAUCGCCACCCUCGCUACAAAACGACGCCGUGCCGACAAUUUCACACCAGAGGUCUCUGCUCCUACGGCAGUCGCUGCCACUUCAUUCACGGCGAGACUGAC